AUGUUUUCAUCGCUGGUUCUACUUAUUGCUUUUGUCCUUUGUGUCCCACACGUUGUCGCUGUACCAUGGGCCACGCAUGGUAAUGCUCAGUUCUCACCUGCAACCCCGCGAUAUGCUUCACAGGAACAACAUGCAAGCAUUAAAUACCGCAGUGUGAUUCCACAAUUGACCUGGCUACGUGAUACUGCGAUAGAGAAGAUAUUCCGUCUUCCCUCGAAGGUCACAAAGAAGCCCAAUGUUCCGGGAAGCAUUUCACGAACGACCAAUAUCCAACUUCCAGCGACCCUACUCGCAAAAUAUGGCAGUGAUGUAGUACUUCGAUUCAACCUCAGCACUCCUGCCGAGGAGCAGGCAUUGGCAGAAGCUGCCGAUACACUUUUCGUGGAUGUGUGGGAAUUCACAAAUAAUUGGGCUGACAUUCGUUUGAGAGAAGAUGAUGUUCCCUCCUUACUCGGCCUCUUACCAAAAUCUCUGCAAAGUGCAUACUCUCAUCUGAUGCCCGACUUAGCGAAAAGUAUUUAUCAAUCCUAUCCAUCGAUGGCACAUGCAGAUGCAGCCUUUCCCUCGAAACAUGCCGAAAGGCUAUUCACUCCGGCUUUGAGGACUAGUACGGUCGAUGGUGUGGACAAUAUAUUCUUUCAAAAUUAUCAACCACUAUCCGUCAUCAUACCAUGGAUGCGUCUUAUGUCUUCCAUGUUCUCAACACAUGUUCGAAUGAUCAAUAUCGGCACUUCUUUUGAGGGUCGCGAUAUCCUAGCCUUGAGGAUUGGUGUAUCCCCAAAUCUACCUUCGGAGCCAACCAAGCCACGUAAAACUAUUAUCUUAUCCGGUGGACUUCAUGCUCGAGAAUGGAUCUCGGUGAGCUCCGUGACAUACGCUGCCUGGUCUUUGAUUACUUCUUAUGGAAAAUCGCCAGCUAUUACGAAACUUCUCCAGGAAUUCGACUUUGUCCUCAUCCCUACUAUCAAUGUUGAUGGAUAUGUAUACACUUGGGAGAACGACCGUUUAUGGCGCAAGAAUAGACAACAGACUAAUCUUCGAUUUUGUCGAGGUCUUGAUCUGGACCGUGGAUUCGGCUUUGAAUGGGGUGCGACUACUCAAAGUAACCCGUGUUCUGAGAGUUACCCGGGAGAUGCACCUUUCCAGGCUGUUGAAUCUCAUAGAUUCGCAGAGUGGGCCAAAAAUGAGACUGAGAAUAAUAAUGUCCGUUUUGUUGGUUUUUUGGAUUUACAUUCGUAUUCUCAGCAAGUUCUAUAUCCUUAUUCUUAUUCCUGUAUGGCCGACCCACCUAGUCUAGAAAAUCUGGAAGAACUCGGUAUGGGACUCGCAAAGGCUAUUAGAAUAUCUAGCGGAGAGCAGUACACUGUUGCUUCUGCUUGUGAAGGCGCUGUCUCCUCGAAAACCUCGGGCCAUGCAGCAACAUCUCGAAUGGAAACUGGAGGUGGUUCAGCCAUUGAUUGGUUUUAUCACGAGCUACGAGUACGCUAUAGCUUUCAAAUCAAGCUAAGAGAUACAGGAAGCUACGGGUUUUUGCUCCCAAAGGAAAAUAUUGUCCCUACGGGAGAGGAGGUAUUCAAUGUUAUCAAAUAUUUUGGCGAUUUCCUUCUUGGCGAUAAAGGUAUUGAGAAAUCAAUAUCUUCAGAUGAGGGCUUGUCUGAAAAACCCAUCAAAUCCGAAUUACCUCUCGGAGUUAUGGAGGAGGGGUCGGCUACCCCUGAUGAGUUAGACGAAGAAUAUGAAGAUGUUAACUGGGAGCUGAAGCGAAGGCGAAGGAGUUGA